AUGUUUCACAAAAUCGACCCACAUUUGAAUGGUGAUAAUAAUGUAGAUGGUGGUGAUGUACAUAAUGUAAAUAAUGAUGAUGGUGAUGUACAUGAUGGUGAUAUAGAUGUUGCUGUAGUAGAUGAUGGUAAUGUAGAUAAUGGCGAUGUAAAUGAUGGUCAGGUAGAUGACGGUGAUGUAGAUUAUGAUGCUGGCGAUGUAGAUGAUGGUUAUGUAGACCAUGGCGAUGUAGAUGUAGAUGAUGUAGAUGAUGUUGCUGUAGAUGGUGGCGAUGUAGAUAAUGGCGAUGUAGAUGAUGGUGAUGUAGAUUAUGGUGAUGUAGAUUAUGGUGGUAUAAAUGAUGGUGGUGUAGAUGUAGAUGAUGUAGAUGAUAGCGAUAUAGAUGUAGAUGAGGGUCAUGUAGAUGAUGGCGAUGUGGAUGAUAGUAAUUUAGAUGAUGGUGAUGUAGAUGAUGUGACAUGUGAUGAUGGAGAUGUAGAUGAUAGUGAUGUAGAUAAUAGCGAUGUAGAUUAUGGUGAUGUUGAUGAUGACGAUGUAAAUGAUGGUAAUGUAAAUGACGGUGCUGUAGAAGAUGAUACUGCAAUUAUGGUGAUGUAG